ACCUGCGCCUCGCCGCCUCCCGCCACCCAGGGCUGCGCGUUCCUCGGGACACAGUGCCAACCCCCCAGCAGACGACAAGAUGGAUUGGAGCACGCUACAGAGUAUCCUCGGGGGUGUCAACAAGCACUCCACCAGCAUUGGGAAAAUCUGGCUCACUGUCCUGUUCAUCUUCCGCAUCAUGAUCCUCGUGGUGGCAGCCAAGGAGGUGUGGGGAGACGAGCAAGCCGAUUUUAUUUGCAACACCCUCCAGCCUGGCUGCAAGAAUGUGUGCUACGACCAGUACUUCCCCAUCUCUCACAUCCGGCUCUGGGCGCUGCAGCUGAUCUUCGUGUCCACACCAGCGCUGCUGGUAGCCAUGCAUGUGGCCUACCGGAGACAUGAGAAGAAACGCAAAUUCAUGAAGGGCGAGAUGAAGAACGAGUUUAAGGACAUCGAAGAGAUCAAGGCCCAGAAGGUGCGCAUCGAAGGGUCCCUGUGGUGGACCUACACCACCAGCAUCUUCUUCCGGGUCAUCUUUGAGGCCGUCUUCAUGUACGUGUUCUACAUCAUGUACAACGGCUUCUUCAUGCAGCGUCUGGUGAAGUGCAACGCGUGGCCGUGCCCCAACACGGUGGACUGCUUCAUCUCCAGGCCCACGGAAAAGACCGUCUUCACGGUGUUCAUGAUUUCUGUGUCUGGAAUUUGCAUCCUGCUAAACAUCACAGAGUUGUGCUACUUGUUCAUUAGAUAUUGUUCAGGAAAGUCAAAAAGACCAGUUUAACUGACGCAUUUGCCCGGCUGCUAGGACAGAGACUGAGGGAGAAGGAUGAGGCAACUGCUGCUUAGCUGUCAAAGCUCAGCCACCAGCAUUUUCCCCGAGGCCAACAUUCCUAUCUUAACCGCCACCAUUUGAAGUCCCUGUAGGCCUCCCAUGAAACUCCAGAAACCUCCAUGGGGCUCCCUUCCCCCAAAGCUCCCAAACAAAGGCCCAAUUCUAAGCCUGUAUUAAUCGGUUCUAAAGUUAGUUCCACUGGGACCCCGUGCUGGUAGCGACUAUUCUUGUAAGAGACAUUCACAGUUUAAACAAAGGGUCUCACAUUGUUUCUCUCUCUCUCUCUCUCUCUCUCUCUCUCUCUCUCUCUCUCUCUCUCUCUCAGGACAGGAGAGAUGAGCCCAGGCCUGAGGAAGGUGCUGAGAAAGUUCAGUGUUUCCCCCACUUAGGGUACCCUUCCCCAAGAUGCCCCCAGUUAAAGGGAAAGAAUCACCAUUCUGUUAUUUGCUUUGAUAGUUUAAGCCAGCAGUAAUGGACAAAGUCAUUUAUAAUGCUUCAAGCGCUGUGUACUUUUUUUUUUU